AUGGGUAGGAUAGCUGUGGCAGCGAUUGUGAGCUUGUGGGUAGUUCCCAUUUCCGUCCUUAUGAAUCACAUUGUUCCCGAGCCUUACAUGGAUGAGAUUUUCCAUGUGCCUCAGGCUCAACAGUACUGCAAAGGCAAUUUUAGGAGCUGGGAUCCCAUGAUCACCACUCCUCCUGGCCUGUACUAUCUUUCACUGGCCCAUGUUGCUUAUUUGUUUCCAGGCAUGUCCUUCAUAAAAGCAGCCACAUCAUUUUCUGAAGUCUGCUCCACAUCGAUUCUUCGCUCCUUCAAUGGUGUUUUGGCGUUUCUUUGCAGUGUUCUAGCAUAUGAGAUAAUCGCCCACUUGAGACCAGCUCUUGAUGAAGGAAAAGCAACACUUUAUGCAGUGGUCCUGGCCCUGUUUCCUCUCCAUUGGUUCUUCACUUUUCUCUAUUAUACAGAUGUUGCAUCACUUGGUGCAGUGCUUGCUAUGUAUCUUGCGUGUUUGAAGAAGAAGUACUGGUUUAGUGCAUUGCUUGGUGUCAUGGCAGUUGUUAUUCGGCAAACAAAUAUUGUAUGGAUGCUUUUUGUUUGCUGCUGCGAGGUUAUAAAUAUUACUUUGGGUGGUCAAAGAGAUAAAAUAGAUGUAGACGACACUGACUUCUCAACUAGGAAAAAUGUUGAACUAACUCCUGCAAACAGUAUUACAUUAGGCUCAAACCUGAGAAAGCGGAAGCUUAGAAGUUCAGUGGAUAACGGAAUACUUUUAAUGUCAACUAGAAGUGUUUCUUCUCAAAAGUUAACGUCAGGUUUUCUUGAUGAAAUUAAGGCCAUCUUUCUAAGAUUAUGGCAAAUGAAGUUGGAAGCUUUGGUUUCUUUCAGCCCUUUUAUUCUAGUAUUAGCAGCCUUUAUUGCUUUUGUUCGUUGGAAUGGGAGUGUAGUUCUAGGUGCGAAAGAAGCUCAUGCUGUUUCUCCGCAUUUUGCACAGAUCAUGUAUUUUGGUCUGUUUUCUGCUCUUAUGGCUCCCAUGCACUGUAGUUUGAGUCAAGCUGUAGAUUUAUUCCGGUCAAUGUGGAGGAAUAAGUUUCUUACUUUGUUUCAACUGUCUUUAGCACUGGGUGCUGGGUUCAUCUCUAUUCAUUUUUUCAGGGAAGUUUCAGAGGAAGAUCUGGGUGCUGGCAUUUUUCUUGGCAACUGCUGCAGUUUUGGUUCCAGCGCCACUAAUCGAGUUCAGAUAUUAUACCAUUCCCUUCUUUUUCUUGAUGCUACAUUCGCAUACCGACGAUUAUCAAAGUUUGCUCUUCACGGGAUUUCUGUAUAUAACCAUCAACAUAUUCACCAUGAUGAUGUUCUUGUAUCGUCCAUUCCAUUGGUCCCAUGA